UCUCAAGUAACCGCACCACCUCUGAACGAUCGACUUUUGCCGACCUCUCCGAGGUAUCAACGGCCAUCAGCAUACAGAGUUGGUUCCAAUUGAGCUUUAUGUAGCUCGAAGGACUGGAUUGCGCCUGCAAGAUGUCGGCUCCCCGAUGUCUCCGGACAGCUAUUGAAGCAUGUCGACCGUGCAAGCCUUCUACAAUCCGCGUUCAACCUCGAAUACUUCCUCCACGAAGACGAGAUUUCUCCUCCAAUGUCCCACGAUGUCUUCCCGAAGAUAUAACAGCAGGAUUCCCCAUGCCUGAAAUCGGAUCGCACAAGCUUGACUCCGACGAGCAAUCAACCCAAGCCGAACCUGUUCAGUCCCGAGCCGAAUCUCAAUCUCAAUCCCGACCUCAGAAACAUGAGCGAACUCAACAACGAACACCUAUGGUUCCCGGUGCGACACACACCCUGAAGGAAAAAGUCCCAUCCCACAAGCAGACUGCCCGCGCCAGUCGCUCAUCGACCAGCCUCCCACUCCCCCAAGAAGUCGUCGUCGACGAAUCCCUGCCCUCAGCAGAUUCAUCAGCUGAAACUACACCACCCCCAGUCCCACCAAAUGUCCUCGCGGCAUACCGCACACCUCUUCGCCACGCUCCUACGCACGGCAUCCCUGUCGCCCAGCUCCAGCUGCACUCUUACUCCGUACGCAACCUGCAAUUUUACGCGGACUUUUGCGUCCGUGCUGCAUUUUACCUGGGCCUACCAUGCUCUGGACCCGCUCCCCUCCCGCGCAAGACAGAGCGCUGGACGGUGUUGAAGAGUAACUUCGUCAAUAAGAAAGCGCAGGAAAAUUUUGAAAGGAUCACGAUGAAGAGGCUGAUAACGAUAUACGAUGGUGAGGCAAGUGUUGUGGAAACUUGGCUGGCUUUCAUCAGGAAGUGGCAGUUCUAUGGAGUGGGUUUGAAGGCGAAUGUAUGGCAGUGGGAGGGCUUGGAUGUGGCAGGUAAAAUGGACAAGGACUUCAAGUCGCUCGAGCAGGAUCUCGACGACAAAUUACGCCUGUUUGGAUUCAACCAGUCGGCUGCGGAAAAGAAUAACUUGCUCAAUAUCAUGGACAGGCAGAAACAUAGACAUGUUGGCAUGGGCAUGAGUGAGGUCAGGGAGAAAUCGAGGACAACAGAUGAUCCGUUCUAAGCAGUGGAAACCGCGCAUCCAACUCUGUGUACAAAGCGAUGCUAAGACCGAGAGGAUAGCAUAUACUGCUGUAUCAGUAAGAUAACACCGAUUCCUACCUUAUGUUUCCUGUAAAUACCUGGCAUUCUCCCACAGGGCACACUGCACGUGAA